AUGUCCUCUGGCCACGUGGUGCUGGAGGGCAAGAUGGCCGGAGGAGUGGCUACGGCCGCGGGGAAGGGCACGGCAGGGCGCGACGCCCACGCCGUGCGGAGCCCCGCCUCCGCCUUGCGACUCGCGCGGCGGGGGAGGCAGGAGGCGGCUAAGGCGAAGCAGUGCGGAGUGCGGUCGACGUUGGAGAAGCGCAUCAGAGAGCUCGAGAGCCAGCUGGAGGCUGCCACGAAGGAGCUGGGGCGCCUUGGCCUCGCGCAGCAAGGAGUGGGCGAGCUCGGAAUCCAGACCCAGACGGACCUCAAGCUCCACCAUUUCGAGGUCAGUAGGUUGGACAACGACGAUGUGGCGGACUACGAGCGGGAGUACUUCGGAACGCUGGGCCCUGACCAGACGGACGCUCCGGAGGUCGGCAGUGGCGAGCAGGGCAGCGACCUCGAAGAGGAAGGGAUCAUCGUUCCGGACACUGACGUGCAGGGCAGCGACCUCAAGGAGGGCGGCAGCGGCGACCAGGGCAUCGACGUGCACGGCGGCGACCUCCUCCUGAAGGACGGCAUCGGCGUGGAGGGCGAUGGCCUUAAACAGGACAUGGUCGUCACGGAGUGCGCCAGCGGGCAGGGCGAUGACCGCAUCGAGGGCUACAUCGAGAAUGGCGCUGGCGUGCUCGGCGGCGACCCCGAGGAGAACGGGAUCGACGCGCGGGUCACCGGCGGGCCGGGAGUCGUCUUCGCCGAGAGCACCGCUCUCAAGGAGGACGGGGUAGGUAUUCAGGGCAUCGACGCGCAGGGCAGCGGAUCUGAUUUGGCGAUUGGGCCGGAGCAGGCUUCGCAAGACAAGUGGGUGCACAAGUGGAAGGGCCAGAUGUCGUUCCUCACAGACUACGACGACGGUACAGUCGUCGCCGGCGGGGUGUACUUGGAGAUGGUUGACCGUAUCAAGGGCGCCCUCAUGACGGCAGCCAACCCCAAGGAUGUGUUGGUGCACGUUGAGGCGAUCGCCAAAGAAGUUCAGAGGUUGGCAGAGGUCCACAUAAAGUUAGGGCGGAGAGCAGAGGCGCGGCGACUCAUCACGGACGGUCUCGGCUUCGCGAGGCUCUCGGAGAAUCUGGCUGGGAGAUGA